AUGACCUUGGGCCUUGACAGCGAAAAGGAAUUUCAAGUAAUUAAGUUUGCAGGCGCUGCAUCAUUUUUUGUAGGGCUUGUGCUCAUUUCAAUAAAAGCUGAUGAUUGAACAGAUGCAGAUUGAAUUAUGGUAGCAAUUCCUAUACUUCUUUCACUGUGCCUUCUUCCAAUAGGAAUACACUGUUAUUUCAAUAUAAAUUGCCCUCGAGGAAAAUCUAGGAGAUUUAUCCUUAUCAUCUCUUAUAAUAUUUCUUUAUCAUUGCUAGUAUUUGGGAUCAUUGGAUCUUUGACUUUAGACGAUACUUUGGAUACAAGCUGGGCUGUGGCUUUUAUUGCUAUCUGGUACACUUUGCUAAUGUAUUUGAUAUUCUGUUGCUUUAUGCUACCUGGCCUUAUUGACCCUGAAGUGAAUAUGAGAAGACAAGCAUUUUUGCUAUUUGUGUGGUUUUUCGGUCUUGGAACAUUUUUAUUAUUGUUUGUCUUCCACCUAGAUGAAGACUCUCCAGAUUCCUUCGCGAUUGUAACUAUUCCGAUUAUGAUUGCAAGUGGGCUGCAUAUCAUUUCAUGUGCGAUCGCAAGAUUUAGAGCAGAUAAAAAAUCAAAUACAGGAUUAAGGCCUAUUGCAAAUGAAUUGAUUUUUAAUUCCGCGUUGCUCUUAACAGGACUUUUAUUGAUUUUAAGGGUUACAGUUAGUGAUUGGAUGCCAGCAAUCGUAAUUGCUGUGCCUACCUUAGCGCUACUUUUGUAUGGCAUGAGUGUCGAAUUUUAUGAAAAACCGAAUUUAGGUCCUGAGUAUGAAGCAUUGGCUGUUGAAGAUAAUAAUUAG